AUGAGACUUAAGUUUGAAGAAACAUAUGAAGCAACCAGACAACACUGCCAUCUUCUGCAUCAUACUGCAGCCACUGCUCACCAGCCAGAAGUCCCCUGUGGACAGGAGCCACAUUCUCUGUCUAUAUCACUGACUACGGCAACAGUGCAUGGAAGUGGGAGCGUCUGCUCUCUGCAGGCUCCUGGAAGCAGCCACCAGAAAGGCACUGGUGACCCCGGGUCCCCGGCUCCAUGUUGGGACGCCACCUGUAGCCAGCUCACCUGGUUCACCUUGCUCCGGGAUCCAGGGCAAAUGAGGAGGAAUAACAAAGAGACAGAGUCAGCUCAAGGUGCGAGUGGCCAGGGGGCUCCUACCCCUAGGAGACAGAGGAGGCUGGAGCAGCCAACUGUUCACUUCGCUUUUAUUCACCCAAACAUGGGCACAAGCAAUCAAGAAAUAAAGAACUCUGAAGACGGUGAAGUUUCCUACCCACAUCUUCUACCUAGCAAAGUGGAUCUCCAUCAGGUCACCAUAAUUCCAUACGAUGAGUGGAAAAGGAUUCAGGAAAGCCUGGAUGGUCUGACAAGAGAAGCAGCAGUUCUUCGUGCAGAAAGAAAUUCAAAAUAAGAAAUGCAUCUCCGAUCCCAAGAAGUGGUGAAACACUGGACUAAUACAUAUGCGGGGAUGAAAGAACAGAAACUUAAAGCCAAAAAAAUGCACAAUGAAGAAAUUGAAGCCAAAAGACAAAUCCUGGAUCUGGAAGAGGAAAUCCACAAACAAGGAGAAAGAAAAAAGGCCACUGAAUAUGCAAAGCACUAUCAGUUUUACCAGACAGAAAGAGUGAAGAACUUUCAGUCAGGACUUCUUCUCAGUAGAGUUAUGAAAGAACAUGAUGCCCAGAUUGUAUUCUGUAAGAGUAAGGUAAAACCAGAUACCAAAUAGGAAGAACAACUGAAACUCAACACUGAAAAAGCUUUUAAAGAAGAGCAAGAAAAAGCAGAAAAACAACACAGAGAAAGAAUGGCUCUUGCUGAGGAGCAUCUAAAACAAAUAAAGGAACAUGAAGAGGAAAAAGAAAGGAAGAAAAAACAUGAAGAAAAAGAUGCUGAGGAGAUAAAGCGACAAAAUGUAUUGUAUGAAAUAGAAAUGAGAAAAAAACUAAAAAAGAAAAAAGAAGAGAUAGAUGAAAGCAGAAAGCUGUUUUUUGAACAUAUGUCUAAUAAAAACAUCAUCAAAGCUGUCGAACUGCAGCAACAAGAGGAGGGAGAUGAAAAGAUUCGAACAUUUAUCAAAGCAAAAAAGCAUCUGGUGCAAAUGAGAGAAAAAGAAGCUGAAACACACAGGCUAAUGGAAGAAUGGAGAGAAAACAUAAAUAAUUUCCUGAGUGAACUAAUAAAAGAGAAACUCGAUAAUGAAGAUUUGAUUAAUGCUAAAGACAUUGCAGAAGCUGAGGCUGAAUGGGAGAAAAAAGAAAAAGAAAAGUGUGAAAAAAACAAACCAGAUUUAAAAGCAAUUGCAGAACAUAGAGCCAUUAUGAUGAAAAAUAAAGAGGAAGAAGAAAGACAAAGGAAAAUAAAAUCUAAACAACAACUGCUGGCUGUCAUGAAAGCAGAUCAAAUUUUCAGGGAGCAGGAAAAGGAGAAAAAACACAAAGUUGAUAUAGAACGCCAAGAAGUUCAAGAUGCCCAUAUUCAACAAAUGGCCAAAAAUAAAUUUAAUGCACAACAAGCAAAAGAAACAGAAUUAGAAUAUUGCAGACAUACUGAAACUCUUGCAGCUGAAAAGGAGAAAGAAUUUCAGGAUUAUGCCAGAGAAGUGACUGAACUUGAAUCUGAAUCAACAAGUAAAUAUAUUUACCCUCUUGUAAAAGCUGUACAGGAAGGACCUGGAGGUGGCCGUGGACCAGCUUUUGUGGACAGAGAUGGAUUAAGACCCAGCUAUCAAGCAAACAAUUUUAGUGGAGUCCAGGUCCCUUUUUACUAUUCUCAGGGAUCAAAAUAUAAUUCACAGACGUCUAAGGGAAGGCUAGGUUUUACAUGGUAGAAAAAUGUAAAGAUUGAG